CUCGCACGAGCUCACCCAAAGCAACACGACCACAGAGGCGCGUGCCGCUCGUCCUGCUCCAGAACACAGAACACUCACUCCAGACCCCGCAUCAUGGACUCCGUCUACUCCGACAUCGACAGCAACAGCUGCGACUUCUUCCCGCACACCGACGACGAGGACUCCCGCGGGAGCCCGCGCUGCGCGUCCCCGGAGCCCGAGGAGCCGCAGCCGCAGCAGAAGAAGCGGCGUCGCGGGCGCGGCCAAGCCGUCGUGCACGUGGUGAAGAAGAACCGGCGCGUGAAAGCCAACGACCGGGAGCGGAACCGCAUGCACAACCUGAACGACGCGCUGGACACGCUGCGGGAGGUCCUGCCGGCUUUCCCGGACGAGACCAAGCUCACGAAGAUCGAGACUCUGCGCUUCGCCCACAACUACAUCUGGGCUCUGUCGGAGACCAUCCGCAUCGCGGACCUGCAGGCCGGGAAGCCCGGAGACGCGCCCCUGCUGCUGGGCUCCGCGCGCCUCGGGGACGCGGCGAGCCCCGGCAGCGACGCGUGCUCCUGGAGCUCCAGCGGCUCCUCCUCGUCCUCCUCCUCCUCCUCCUCCUCCUCCUCCUCCCCGUCUUACUGCGCCUCCAGCCCGGGCAGCCCCGUCGGCGGCACGGAGGACUUCGGCUACCGGCCGCAGGACGCUCUGUUCGGCUUCCGCAGCUUCGUGCCGGGCGUCUAUUGA